GAAUGACUGUCGAUGUGAUUGAGGAAGCUAUAAACAACUACAAACCAAUCAUAGGGCGAAUUUAUUCAGUAUCAGAUGCACAGAAAGUAUGGGAUGGCGUAGCGCAGUGGAUUGCAGCUUAUUUGUACAAACACAAGGGGGUGGUGGUGCCUGGUUUGGGUACAUUCACUCUGUCAGAAUGGGCCCUCGAUACCGGGUUAGGCAAGCCACUUAUUAUUAGUCGUCCAGCCUUCUUCAUCACCGAAACCUUGGUCCAAUCUUUCACCAUCAAACAACGACAGGUCUUCACCGCCAACAAUGUCGCUUGCCACAUGAUUCACUACGGAGGAGUGGCUGCACUGGCCGGACUAGACCGCUCGACGGUGAAGGUCUGCGUGCAAGAAGUGGUACAGGCAUUGAAACGUCUGUUGUGGGAAAACAAGAACUUGAGGUUGAAUUUAGGAGUGAUCGGCCAGCUGACUAUCUGCGACAAACAAGUCAGCCUGGAGUACCGCAGGGAACUGCUAAACAAAAUGCGAGAUCUGACGGAGCAACGAAGAUCGACUAUAAAGCCAGUUUACCCAUGGUCACCGAAAAGGAUCCUUGAAUAACUAUCUGAUUGCACUCGACUGAAAAUAAACUUAUGAGCUGACUAUACAAGUUAAUGAUAACAUUCUACGUUAAAAGUUAUUGAUAGAUCUAUACCACUUUUAUCUAUAUUAUUUUAAGUUAAACUUAUAGUGCUGAUCUUGUGAUAUUAAAAGUUAAGCUUUUGUCUUUUGUAAAUAGUA